AUGAAGACGAAGCGCGAUGACGAUUGUUUCGAGCACCUUCACUUUUCCCCUCCUUCAAAAUCCAGUAGACUGGACUACUAUGAAACAACGACGACAAUGGACACGGACAUGGACGAAGAUACUCCUGCAAAUGUUGUGCCACCGUUGAAGCAAUCCGACGAAGAGAAAUCGCUGGUGCUAUAUUCAAAUACUCCUCUUCUCAUGUCCCCUACUUCCCCUCCCUUAACCAUCGUUGUUGCUUCUCACUUGAUUCCAGGUUUAAAGGAUUAUCUGUUGUCACAGGGAACUAUAAAGCUAGAUGAACUCGGGGAAGAUGAAAUGAGGAGGGAGAAGACAUCCAAAGUUUCAAAAGACUGUUUGGCUGUUAUCCCAUGGGUUCCUAAUCCUCUGGCAUGCAAAGAGAUUGUACCAGAGACAUGUCAAACAUUAGAGGCAGAAGAUAGCGAAAUGAUGGACUUGGAUGAACAGCAGGCAAGUAACAGCAAUGAGAUGAGGGUGGAGGCAUGCGGAGUAUCAUCACCAUGGCAACAACAACAAUGUAUGAUGUCCAAUAUGUUGCAACCUCUGUUUGGUGCGUAUUUUCGUGGUAGCAUCUUUUGGAGAACAGCUGAACUAAGUGCACAAGUUUCGUUGUAG